UCCAGUUCACCAGAAUUAAUUAUGACUGAUCACCUCAAAUCAAUACAACAAGUUAAUGUUCAACCAGUUGAAAAUCUGAUUUCAACAUCAUUCAUUGUGAGUGGCCAGGAGUCAGUAACUCCAAACGCCAGUAACAUUGUAGAUAUCUCAAAAGUAAAUGUUCCACCAGUGGAUACAAAGAUUUCAACAUCGUUCACUGUAAGUAGCCAGGAGACAGUGACUGCAAACACCAACAAGUCCCUGGGCUCGUCAAAAAGGGAUUCAGACACCUUUGUUAUUGAUCACAAUAAAGACUCUAAUACAUUUGUUGGUGAUAAGAGUGUGACGGAGAGCAACCCACAGGAUCCUAAUAACAUGGAACAUGGAGGCAACUUAGAUGACACAUUUACAGUCCAGCCUUCAGUCACGACUCAAACUGCUGAUAGCAAUGACCUGAAAGAAAAUAGCAAGAAUCAAAAAGUAUGCGAUUGGCCUAAGAAUGUGGUCAGUGAAGGAGGAAUAAUGGAUGAAGAGCCUAUGAAUUUUGAGGAUAUCACAGAUCAUGGGGAAACUUCCAAAGCAGGGUUAUCACGAAGUCUUAAUUCUACAUCGGUUACACAAGACACGACAUGUUUGAAUAAGUCUGAUAUAAGGGCAUUAUCCAUGUUUGAUGGUGAUGGCACAGAUCAAAUGCAUCUUCCUGAAGGUAAUAUAAGUGUUGCUGAGUUCUGUCAGUAUUUCCAGAUAUUCAGUUUUCGGAAAGAGGGCAGAAGAAGUACAUUAGCACCUGUUUCUGUCCAACCUGUAGAGUCCAUCUCUGAUUACUUGGAGCUUCUAUGUAUCAUCCAACCACAAUAUUUGAAGUAUGAGUGGGCAAUAGACCACCUAACUAAGCAAACUGAAAAAAUGCUAGCAAUGGCCAGUGCGAGUGAAAAAGAACUUACGGAAAAUAAUCCUCCUCUAUUUGAUGAAAUCCGUAAUGCAUCACCAGACAAGCUGAAUGAAUUUAGAUCGCGUUUGAAAUCUUUACACCAUGCUUGUAAUAAAUUUGCCAAACUGAACUGGAGUAAAUGGAAAGCUAAGCUGAACUCCAGCCUAUUGGUAGAACUGAAAGAUGAACAUUCAUGGCUGACUGAACAAAAUGAUAAAAUACAUGGAGAUAAUAUAAAACUUGUUAAAAGUCUGGAAACUUUAAGCAAAGUUGACUCGGAUUUAGAUGCAGCAAUCGCUGAACUUGAACUACAUGAAUUACCAACCGAAGACGAAUUACAAAAGUUGAAGACAAGUGAAGAAUUGAAAAAUGAGUUGAAACUGAAAAACGCACAACUAGAAGCACUGCUACAAAAACAAACAAUCUUAGACAAAACAAGAAAUGAAGCAUUUGCUGAAAAAGAGAGUCUUCAAGCAACAGAAGAGAAGUUAAGAGAACAGCAAGCGGAAAGUGUUGACAUUGACAGUGCCAAGAAAGAGGUGCAAGAUGCCUUUAACAAGGUUGAUCAAUUGCAGAGGUUAUUUGAAUGGGAGUUGAAAGAGUGGAAUCAGUAUGAGGCGUUGUAUACAUUCUUGCUAUCUUCAAUCAGUAUGGAGCUAACAUUUGGCAAAACUCUGGACAAUACUCUAGCUUAUGGCAAACCAGAAAAAGAAAUUGUGAAUAUAAAACUGGAAUCUUUACUGGCAGAAGAUGCAUCUCCAUGUGCGCACCUGGCUCAUAGAAUGGUGCUAGGAGCACUGGACCAUGUGUCAUUGCAACAGAAAUAUCCUACAACUAGAUGGUUACCAACGAUUCUGACGCAUACAUCUUACGUAGUUUGUCAAACCAGACAACUGGUGAGAGAGCUGGACCAUCUUAUGUUCCGAUAUGAGGUCGAAAUCAAAGACACAUGUGUUGCAGUGGAAUUUUCCGAUAUUGCUAACUUGGCAAAGUUUGUGGUUCAAUUUCACCUGAUUCCUGGUGGUUAUCCCAAUUCCAAAAUUCAGCACAGUUUUACAAAUGUGAUGGGGAAUAUCAGUAGUGACGUCAUCACUUCAUCACUGUCCGCUGUAAAACCAGGCUUUAAGUAUCUGUGUCGCCAGGUUGAAAGUAUUGAACAAAUGUUACGUCACUCAUCUAGCCAGUGAAACAUACUAUUUUUGACUCCUGUGUGCUCUAGGACAAUAGACAGAUCUAAUUCAUUUUGGGUUAAAAUCUGUACGUAUUAAUUACCUAAUUUGCAUAAUCAACCAGUUUUAAGCUUUCACACUGAUAUCUGAAGUACUAAUUUCAAGGAAACUUGGUACACAGAUAGUCUGUUACAUUGUGCAGACCGUAUUAGUUUUACACCCAAAUCUGUUAAUAUUAAUUUCCUGU